AUGACAGCUGAUGGGAGAGGUGGAGGUGUGGGAUUCGUCAUUCGAGAUCACGAUGCCAGGCUAGUGGCGUUGGGGGGUCGGCGGAUCUUCGAUGCGUCGGUGGUGUGUGCUGAGCUCCGAGCCGCCUGGGAGGGUACAUCUUAUGCGAGACAGGUACUGGGUGCAGACCGGAUCAUUCUUGAGGGCGACUCGGCUACUGUGAUUGACUGGGUCAGGGGCCGAGAUCGUGCAGGUGAGGGCAGACCGCUGCUUCUGGACAUUCGCAGACUUCUGCAGGCGUGUGAAACCUAUCAGGCUACACAUGCUUACAGGGAAGCGAAUUGUGCAGCUGAUUGGGUCGCUUCCUAUGCGGCUCAUCAUGCUGGAGGUUUUAUUUUGAGGGAGUCCGACACAGUGCCGGAGUCCCUUUUAGCUUUACUUGCUUCAGAUUUUGCAGGCCGUAUCCACACCCGUAGGGUGUGA